AUGCUUUCGGCACUUCGAACUGCCGGGGCAGUCGGUACUCGCCGUCUUGCUUCGACUCAAGCGAUCGCCAGUAACAGCGAGGCACCAAAGGGUAUUGCCACCACAGGAACUCCAUUCCUGAAUCCAUCGUCUAAAGCCGAGUACGCGUUGGCUCGUCUUGAUGAUGUCCUGAAUUUGGCUCAAAGAGGUUCAAUUUGGCCACUGACGUUCGGUCUCGCAUGUUGUGCUGUCGAAAUGAUGCACUUCGCUGCGCCAAGAUAUGAUAUGGAUCGGUACGGAGUCGUUUUCAGAGCCUCUCCCAGACAGGCCGAUUUGAUUUUCGUUGCCGGUACAGUAACCAACAAAAUGGCACCUGCACUUCGCCGCAUAUAUGAUCAAAUGCCAGAAGCAAAAUGGGUUAUUUCAAUGGGAUCAUGUGCAAACGGAGGAGGAUAUUAUCAUUACGCAUAUUCUGUACUUCGUGGAUGUGAUCGUGUGAUUCCAGUGGACAUUUAUGUACCAGGAUGCCCACCAACUGCUGAGGCUCUUCUAUACGGAGUUCUCCAACUUCAAAAGAAGAUCAAGCGUAAGCGAGAAGCUCAACUUUGGUACAGACGCUAAACAGAACACGAGGCGAAAAGAAAGUACGAGAAAGUUGGAGAACUGUGAAAAAAUUCGCAGAAAAAUGGUCAUUUUGUACGAGUAAGCCCCACUUCAUUCAUUUUUUGUGUUUCUCCACCUUUUCUCCAUUUUCUUUUUUCUAGAUCUGAUAUCGAUAGUUUCGUUCGUUUUUUUCUGCGGUUUACUUUUUUUUUCGAAUAGUGUCUAUUUUUACCUCAUGUUUUUUUUGGUUGAAAAAAAGUCGAUAACAUUUUUUUAAAGUUCU